CCUCCCUCACCGCCAUGCUUCCCCUGUCACUUACUUCCCACAGGCCUUCAGUCCAGACUCAACCCUCUCUCGCCUACCACUCGCCAUGCCCUGCAACUGCUUCUCAGAAGGCAUCCUGGCUGCCCCCCUCAACUACUGGAUCUCAGGUCUGGCCUUCCCUGAUUGGGCCUACAAAGCUGAGUCGUCGCCAGGCUCCCGGCAGAUACAGCUGUGGCAUUUCAUCCUGGAACUGCUGCAGAAGGAAGAGUUCCAACACGUCAUCGCCUGGCAGCAGGGAGAGUACGGGGAGUUUGUCAUCAAGGACCCCGACGAAGUGGCUCGCCUCUGGGGCCGCAGGAAGUGCAAACCGCAGAUGAACUAUGACAAGCUGAGCCGGGCCCUCAGGUAUUACUACAACAAGAGGAUCCUGCACAAGACCAAAGGCAAGAGGUUUACCUACAAGUUCAACUUCAGCAAGCUCAUCGUAGCCAACUGCCCUCCGUGGAAAGUGUGGAUACCCUCCACCCCCCACCUGCUGUUGAGGCCCCCUGCCCUGUGUCAGCCAACCUUGGUGCCUGUGACUGAGUGGAGUGAGCCCCUGUGUCGCGUGCUGUACACACGAGCCACAGAAACUCGGCCAGCUGGAGAGAGGACCCCACGGAGGCCACAAGAGGCCUCUGGGGACAAGGAGGACAGCAGCUUCAACUGUUUUGGCUCUGUCCCGGGCCCAGGCUGGCAGGGCCCGUGCUACUGUUUCCGGAACCUCGGAGGUGAUCUGCCCAGCUCCGCUUCCGUGCCCUGCCUCUGCUGUAACUGGACCCGCCUCUCAGGGCCCAUCUUGUCUCCUCUUCCCUCAGAGCCUGGUGCUCGGCUCCCGGGCCCCGUGUGUACUCCAGGUGCCUGGCAUUUUCCAGGGCUCCACCUUCUGGCCAGGCUGAGACAGGGCACUAGCGAGGGCCUUCAGUGCCAGUUUCUCAGGCCCGAGGAAUUGGUGCUAAAUCCUGGCCCAGGACCAAGCAGGCACCUGGAUUCCAAUGAGGGCCUCUCCUCAGAGCCUCGGGAACUCAAACUUGGGAAAGGAAUCGCCGUGUCCCCCAGUCCAGGGAGCAUGAGAGCCACGUGGCCUUCGGACCCCCCUUGACUGGAGAGAAAGGUGCGAAGGGGCGGCUCUCCCCCUUUCCUCCUGCCUCCACUUUCGGAUCACGGAGGACCCUAAGGGCAAAGCUGAACCAAGUGGGACAAAUGAGGGCGCGGGGCACGGAGGUGGUGCCCUCCCCUGUGCCAAAUUGCUAUCAGACUAAGGAGGCAUCAUUACCUUAAUUUAUUUAUUUAUUUUGAGGAGAGAGAUGAGAUUAAGGGUCUCUAUUAUUAACAUUUUCCCAGGCCUACCCUCAGGAGGGGACGAAGGGGCUGGGCAGGCCAGCGUUUGUUUGGCUUCCGUCUUAGAGCCUCUUCCUUUCUCUGGGUUCCUUGCCCCACCCUGGCUAGGGUCCCAGGACCUCUCCCAAACCUUCACUUACUUUUCUGCCCUCCCUCUGACUGCUCAGCCACGAGGACCCUCAGUCCCAGGAAGGUUCUUGCUUCUAUGAAGGACGGUUCUAGGCUUCUAUCCCCGUGACCCCAAGAUGCAGGCAGGUGCCGA